AUGAAAUUUAUCGAGACCAAACAAUAAGAUAUAUUAGUCUAAAAGAAAACAGACAUAGAUGACUCAAUAUCUGAAAAACAUGACUAGUAAAAAUAAUAUAGAAGACAGAUUGAGAGGGACCAUUUGUCUUCAGAAUGGAAAGAAGCAAUAGGUUCUAUUUAAAUGAUUAAAUGUUUGACAAGUUAGGCCCACUUAGAGAUUUUUUAAAACAAUAAACCUCCAGAAUUCAUUAGUUAAUUUUCCUUAUUAGAUUUAUAUGCAAACGGGAUCAUUAUUUUUAAAGAAAUUAAUAGUAAUGUUUAACUUUUCACAAUUGAAAACUAUUAUGAAAAGAGAUGGAAUUAUUCUAAACUAGAAAUAUAGUCAUUUUAUAACUAAGAGGAUGAAAUUGUUUUCUCUUAUUAGGAGAGCACAGAUUGA